AUGUCCACAAACGCUCAGGACAGAGAUCCUGACAUUGAACUGUUUGUAAAGGCUGGCAGUGACGGAGAAAGCAUCGGGAACUGUCCCUUCUCCCAGCGCCUCUUCAUGAUCCUCUGGCUCAAAGGAGUCGUGUUCAACGUCACCACCGUCGACCUCAAGAGAAAACCGGCAGAUCUGCACAACCUGGCUCCGGGGACGCACCCGCCUUUCCUGACCUUCAACGGAGAGGUCAAGACAGACAUCAACAAGAUCGAGGAGUUCCUCGAGGAAGCGCUCUGUCCACCAAAGUAUCCCAAGCUGGCUGCCAGGCAGAGGGAGUCCAAUACAGCUGGAAAUGACAUCUUUGCCAAGUUCUCAGCCUACAUCAAGAACACCAAACCAGAAGCCAACGCUGUCCUAGAGAAAGGUUUAACCAGAGCCCUGAAGAAGCUGGAUGACUACCUGAACAGCCCCCUGCCGGAGGAGAUCGAUGCAGACAGCAUGGAGGAGGAGAAGGGCUCCAGCCGCUGCUUCCUGGACGGGAAUGAACUCACUCUGGCAGACUGCAACCUGCUGCCGAAACUGCACAUAGUCAAGGUUGUUGCGAAGAAGUACCGCAGCUACGACAUCCCCACGGAGAUGACGGGCGUGUGGCGGUACCUGAAGAACGCCUACACGCGGGACGAGUUCACCAACACCUGCGCCGCCGACGCGGAGAUCGAGACGGCCUACAAGGACGUGGCGAGGAGACUGGCCAAGUAG